GCCGCGACCCCUGCGCCCGCCGGAGCGCCCGCGGGACGCGCGGGGAGCGGGAGCACCGGGCAGCUCCCGGAGGGCGCUUUUGUCUCCGUGUCCGCCACCGCAGAGGCGGCAGCGCUCCAUCCCCGGGGCCGAGCACAGCCCCGGCCGCCUUCCGCGCCUGGCGUUUUUUAUUUAUUUGUUUUUUUAAAUACUUUUUUUUCCCUGUAUGCUCAAAGACUUUUUUUUAUCACUACUAUUAUUUCCUCCACGUUUAAGUGUCGGCAAUAAUCAAGAUGGAUAAGAAAUCAUUUGAAACCGUGCUGGAUGAAAUUAGGAAGGCUGUAUUGACGGAGUACAAAUUAAAAGCUAUUGAAUAUGUUCAUGGAUACUUUUCCAGUGAACAGGUUGUUGAAUUACUGAGAUACUUCUCCUGGGCAGAACCACAGCUUAAGGCAAUAAAGGCUUUACAACAUAAAAUAGUGGCAGUUCCAGCAUCAAAAAUGGUUAAUAUUCUCAACUGCUUCACCUUCAGUAAAGAUAAACUUAUUGCCCUUGAAAUCUUAGCUUCCAACAUUGUUGAUGCUCAGAAUUAUCGCCUGAUUGAAGAUCUGUUCAGAAUUAAUAUGUCAGAGAAGAAAAGAUGCAGACGAAUUCUCGAACAGGCUUCAAAAACAGGUUGUAAGGCUCCUCAUGCUAUGAUAUCAUCCUGUGGCAUGAUUCCUGGCAAUCCUUAUCCCAAGGGCAAGCCAAGCCGCAUAAAUGGAAUUUUUCCAGGAACCCCUAUCAAAAAGGAUACAGAAGAAUGUACUAAUGAAGGAAAGGGAAUAGCAGCCCGUAUACUUGGACCAUCCAAACCAGCUCCAUCAACGUACAAUCCACACAAACCAGUUCCAUACCCCAUCCCACCAUGUCGGCCACAUGCAACUAUUGCACCAAGUGCUUACAACAAUGCUGGCUUAGUUCCAAUGGCCAAUGUCAUAGCUCCAGGCUUACCAGCUCCUCCACCAUACACUGCUAAUCAAGUGGUAUCAGAAAAUGAGGACCUUUCCAGCCAGGCAAAACCUUCCCAAAAUCAAGCUUUUUCUGCACAAGCGAAUCAGCUCUUUACUCCUCAUGGUUCUAAUCCUUCAACACCUGCUGCUACUCCAGUCCCUACCCCAUCACCUGUCAAGGCAAUAAGCCAUCCAUUAGCACCUGCAACUCCACUCAUCUCUGGGAUGAACAUGUCUACCCCUGUCCUUCCUGUUUUCCCAGGACAGGUCUCCUCUUCCAUCCAUGCAUCUCAGCCAUCCACCCCAACCCCUACUGUCAUCAAAUCCCUUUCAUUGCCUGGUGUUCCUGUCACAUCUGUUCACAGUGCAACCUCUACCCCUAUCCCCUCAGUUUUUUCUGGGCUGGCUUCUAUCCCUGCUGCUAUGCCCACUCCGCAGGGUUCUUCCACUCCAUGUGCCACACCUGCACCCAGUGAAGCUUUUGCAUCUGCUGCUACACCAUUUGCUGGCCUCCCUUUCUCUGCAGCCUCUUCAGUUGCUUCUGCUAAUAAUCCUGCUCCAUUGUCAUCAGUCUUUGCUGGCCUCCCUUUGUCCUUGCCGCCCAAUGCCCAAGGGAUUUCUAGUCCUGUUCCAUCUACAAUUGCUAAUUCUCCUGCCACCACCAUUCCUGGCUCGCUUAGCUUGCCUAACCCAAUUUUGUCUGUCUUAAAGGGAUUUCUGACAUCAAAUGACACUUCAUUAAUCAAUUCAUCUGCUUUACCUUCUGCUGUGACAAGUGAGCUUGCUUCUUUAUCUGCUCUUGCUAAUCAAAGCUCUGAUCCUCCCACUUCCUCUGUCAACAAAUGUUACACUCCAUCAGCCACCCCCAACACACAGCGUUCCUCCACACCUGGGCUGGCUAUUUUUCCAGGUCUUCCAUCCCCAUCUGUAGCCAAUUCUAGUUCCACUCCUCCCACAUUGCCUGCACAGUCACCUUUAACCACUUCACCAUCGAUUAUGCCAGUCAACUGUGGCUCAUCAGCCUCCCUCUUGCAUGGCACAAGUCCUACUAAUCCCGACCAGCAGCUCUCAUCAGCCCCAGCUGCCACAAGUAUCCCAGUUCUGGUCAAAACAGAACCCAUGAGUCCUACCCUGUCGGCCUUCAAAGGUCCUUCUCAUUCAGCCAGCCCUUCUCAUGGCACCCUAGGACUCUCAGGGCUCGGGCGUGCGUACACCUCAGCAGCUUCAGUGCCCGUCAGCUUGCCCAGUUCCCUGAACCCAGCGCUGUCAGGGCUCUCCUCUUUGAGUGCUCCUCUGAACAACUCCAGUUCUCUGGCUUCCAUUUCCCUCGCCCCACACGGCUCCUCUGCUCCCAUUGCCCCCGUGUUCAAUGGACUUCCUCCUUUCACGUCUCUAACCAGUAACUUUGCCUUUACUGGUAACCCAGCACUGACCCCGCCCGUCACCCUCCCGGGGUCUCUGCUGGCCACCCCGGCUACGAGCGCUGCAGCCGUGCCCGCCCCCCACGCGAGUUCCACCGCCGCCGUGCUCUCAGGACUCGCCGCCUCCGCAGCAGUCUCCGCUCCACCCUUCUCGCUUAACUUGUCCAGUGCUGUCCCUUCCCUUUUUUCUGUUGCCCAGGGACCUCUGGGAUCAUCAAACCCAUCCUUCCCUGGUUUUCCUGUCUCUAACACACCCUCUGUCACUCCUGCUCUCCCUUCUUUCCCUGGCCUCCAGGCAUCUUCUGCAGUAGCAGCAGUUGCACCGUUGCCGGCAGCUGCCACAGCCCCAUCUCCAGCUCCAGUCCUGCCAGGGUUUGCCUCGGCCUUUAGCUCAAACUUCAACUCUGCACUUGUGGCACAGGCUGGCUUGACUUCUGGACUACAGACUCCAGGAAAUGCAGUUUUUCCUGGUCUUUUAUCUCUCCCCGGUAUCCCUGGCUUUCCCCAAAGUGCCGCACAAUCUUCCUUACAAGAAUUGCAGCACAGUGCAGCUGCACAGUCAGCACUACUACAGGCGCAUUCUGCUUCUGCUCUGGACAACUAUACAGCUCAGCCUGAAGGUUUUGCUAACUAUCCAUCAACACCAGGAACACCAUUUUCAUUGCAGACAAGUCUGCCCCAGAGUGGAUGGCAGUAAAUACCAGGCAUUUCUAAAGACUGCAGUGUUUGCUUGACAGAGCCUGAUCCUAUUCACUUUGAAGGCUGCCUCUGCGAUAGUGGGAGCAUGGUCUGAGCUGGGGAAGGAAAGGGAAAACAUGAGGGUAUAAUGUUUCCAGGAGGCUGUGUCAGAUGUCAAACUUAAUUUGUGAAUUGCAUUCAAUUUGAUUCAGGGUCUGAUCCUGUGAAUUGCUGAGCAUCCUUGACGCUCCUUUAAUUUUAAGAGUUCAGUGUUUGGUUUCUUACAGGAUCAGGAACAUUCAAAUAGGUGUUUGUGUAAAAAGGGCAAUUGACUGUCAAGCUGAGUAGGAAGACCAAGUAUACUUAAUAGUGUGAAUAAGCACCUAUCCUGUUAUGUUUUGUAUGGUAUAUGUGGUUAAUAGAGACUGAGAUCUAGAUUGAAACUAGACAAUUAAAGCUGUAGAUGACCUUUUGUCUAGAAGCACACUUCCUGUGUGUGUACAAAUCAAGGUCAGUUUAUGGUCUUUUCAGAUGUUUUCUUCCUAUGUAUGAGGAUCUCCUGUUAGCAUCAGCAGUAUGUUAAGGGGAGGGUAGGUCAGAGGUAUGUGGGGGUUUUUCUUGUGCUUCAAAAUACUGUCAUGGGCUUGCUGCUGAAUUGAGUACUCCUUUGUCUGAACAAGAAAGAUAGGAAAUGAUGCUGUACUGUAUUUGGUAGAAGUGGAUUAUGUUUUACUGGAGUAUGGUUUAGCUAGCUGACAAUAUGUCUUUCCAAAGUAUAUAAAACCAUUUUAACUUGCCUCUAAAAUAAGGUUCCAUAAUAUUCUCCUUGCCUCCAGCACCCCUCUGAAUGAAUUAAAUAAUUGUACUGCGGAUAGGCUGCCUAUCUGGCACUUUUGACUGCAGACUUAUGUGAAUGUUUACAGACAUGGGGCAAGUUCUCCUCUCCCUUAUACUCACAAACAAACUGGUUCUCUAUAUGCUUUUCAGCUAUAAACUACAACUUCAUGGUGCUUAUCUUAUCCUGUGAAUAUAAGUGGGAGAAGAAUUUGGACCAUGGAUUUUUUUAGUAUUUUUCCUUGGAAAACAUACAUGAUUUUAAAGGCAUAUAGCUAAAUUAACUGUUACAAUGCAGCAUAUAGAAAAGUCUUGCUUUGUUAGUGAAAUUGAGUUGUGCACUCUUCUAAUAAUGUUAGUAUCUGUGGCAAUGUGUAACACAUCAUUGAAUAUCUUCUAUUUAAGGUAUGCUCUUGAUCAUGGUCUAGAGACAAUAGAGAUGAAUGAUAUUCAAUCAUGUGACUAAAUUAAAAUGUAGAGAUACUACACUGUAGAAAUGUUCUGCACCUAGAGUUUUACUUUUUUAAAGAUUGAUGAUGCUGGGAGAUGUUGCUAAUGUAUUUUCUUUCAAGAUGUGAACAAACUUUUUUAGAACAUUAAUGGAAAUUGUUGUAUUGGUUUUUAACAUAAUUUUUUAAAAUAAAAAGUUUACAGUCAUGGCAAAAA